CUAGUAGUUUCCAUCUGCCAUUUCCAUUCCCAGCUGGGGUCUCGUCACAUUCGUAUACAAUGGCUCCCUCUGCUACUGAGACCACAACCCUUCCAACCCGCACCGCUGAGACUUCAACGGUCAAGUUAACAGCCAACAUCGGCCCGUACAAAGAGCUCGCCCCAAUUGGAUACAAGAAAGAAGUCGAAGAAGAGGGCAAGGAUGGAUUCAAAGCGGCCAAGUACCCACAUUACCUCCCACACUGGGGCGACGAGAAGUACCCUCCUCUAGAACCGUUCGAACAUCGCGACCAUGGUCUCGACGCCGAUCCUGCCUUCCCAGAUCUCCUCGGGCCAGGAGUUGUAACAAGCGACCUAACCCCAACAAUCGGGACUGAGGUUACAGGCGUUCAACUGAGCAAGCUGAGUCCUGCAGGGAAGGAUCAGCUGGCUCGAUACGUCGCUGAGCGCAAGGUGGUGGCUUUCCGGAACCAAGACUUUGCCGAUUUGCCGAUUGAGGAAGCUCUAGAAUAUGGACGUUACUUCGGUCCUCUGCAUAUUCAUCCGGCAUCUGGGGCACCUAAAGGUUACCCAGAGGUCCAUCUCGUCCACAGAGGUGCAGGGGAUAAGACAGCCGAGACAUUCUUCGAGACCAGAACCAGCUCUGUGGCCUGGCAUUCAGAUGUCUCAUAUGAGUUGCAACCUCCAGGAACCACGUUCCUCUACAUCCUUGAUGUACCAGAAAGUGGCGGAGAUACUCUCUUCGCUAACCAAGUCGAGGCCUAUAACCGUCUUAGCCCAGCAUUCCAAGAAAGACUCCAUGGUCUGAGAGCGACCCAUUCAGGUGUUGAACAGGCCAAUGCUUCCAGAGCGAAGGGUGGUAUUGUCCGACGGGAACCGGUUAUCCACGAACAUCCGAUUGUCAGGACGCACCCUGUGACCGGAGAGAAGGCUUUAUAUGUCAAUCCCCAAUUCACCAGGAGCAUUGUCGGCUAUAAACAAGAAGAGAGUGAUGCUUUGCUGAAAUUCUUGUAUGACCAUAUCGCCUACGGCGCCGAUUUCCAAGUAAGGGUCAAGUGGGCCGAAAACACCGUAGUGGUUUGGGAUAACCGCGUGACCUCGCACUCUGCACUUGUUGACUGGAAGAGUGGACAACGAAGGCACCUGGCGCGACUCGCAUCACAAGCUGAGGAGCCAUUUGAGACCCCAUUCAAGGCCUAAUUGUGUAGGAUAAUCAAUCAGUAUUGGCAUUGCCACAUACUAUGACACCAAACAUUGAAGCGCUCCAUGCUGAACCUCCCAUC